AUGCCGUUCAUAACUCGAUUUAUCGCUAGUCAAUUGAAGUCUCUACCUCCUCUACCCCAUGUCGAUCUGGGAGGUAAGGUGUAUAUCAUCACUGGUGCCAACUCAGGUAUCGGACUUGAAAUUGCAAAGCACCUGGUCCAACGUCGUGCAAGCAAGAUCAUCCUCGCUGUGAGGGACAUCGCCAAAGGUGAAGUUGCGAAAGUGGAGAUCCUCAAACACGCUAAGCAGGAUAGACACACCGAAGUGGAACUUUGGAAAGUCGAUAUGGCUUCUUUCGAAAGUGUUACGGAUUUCCCUAAGAGAUGCGAAAGUCUGGAAAGGCUGGAUGCUGUUGCAUUGAAUGCUGGUGUAAUUAUGAAAGAAUUCGAACGUUCCAUAGAUGAACAUGAAAUGAGUAUUCAAGUCAAUGUCCUUUCCCCGGUUUACCUGGCUUUAUGCCUAGCUCCUAUCAUCAAAAGAAGUUCGAACUUCACAGGUCAAAAAGGGAAGAUCAUAUUCACAGGAAGCGAGACAACCGAGGUUGCCAAGACCAAGUCCCUCAGUCCAUCGGAACCUCUAGCUACUUUAGAUGAUGAGAAGAAUUUUAUGGCCAGUGAGAGGUAUUACCAAAGUAAACUCAUCCUUCAAUCGCUGAUCAAACCGCUAAUCGUCCAAUUUCCCAAUUUACUCAUCACCAACGUCGGACCGGGCUUUGUCAAUAGUCCGCUAUAUAGGGAUGGCGGCGCAGCAACCGUAGCAGCUAGGAGGAUUGGUCGUACGCCCGAACAAGGAGCUAGGAACGUCAGUUUCGCUUUGUUAACUUUGGAUAAAUCGACCGAUUGGUACGUCGAUUGUGGAGUUGCAAAGUUGCAUCAACCAUGGUUGGAUUCUGCGAAUGGGAAAUUAUUCAGUCAAAAUGUGUGGAAAGAGGCUUUGAACGAGUUCAGAAGGUUGUCUUCCGAUUUAUGA